UCCGGGUGAAAGCUGUCUCCUUCUCCUCAGCGCAACCGGCCCCCGACGAAACGCUGCCGUAGCACAGCCAGUCCACACCGAGCCGAGCCGAGCAGACGCACACGGGAGAGAGAGCACGUACGCACCACCGGAGAAUCUUCCUUCAUUUUUCCUCAAUUCGUCGACCGAGUGACUUCGAUUUGCAUAUCCACUUCCACUCCUUCCUCAUUUGCAUACAGCAAGAAUGGCGAGCGGGCAUCCCACAGACAAAUUCAGUUUCAUGUAUCAACCAGACACGCACAAGAGUAAGAACAGAUUAUCUUCAGCUAUGAAUCCAGUCUACAGCCCUGUUCAGCCUGGCACCCCUUAUGGAAACCCAAAGAACAUGGCGUUCACAGGUUAUCCAGGAGGGUAUCCUGCCGCGGCUCCCACCUAUACCCCCAACCUGUAUCAAACAGGUAGUCCUGGGUAUCCACCAGGAUAUGCUUCAGCAGGCACCCAAUACAAAGUGCCCCCCACUCAGUCAAAUGGAGCACCCCCUCCCUACACCCCAACCCCCACCCCAUACCCAACAGCUAUGUACCCGAUCCGCAGUGCCUACCCUCAGCAGAACCUAUACGCACAGGGAGCGUAUUACACCCAGCCCGUGUAUGCGGCUCAGCCACAUGUGAUCCAUCACACCACCGUGGUGCAGCCAAAUAGCAUGCCCUCCACAGCCCUCUACCCUGCCCAGGUCCCUGUACCUAAUCCUCGCAACCAGGGCAUGGCUGCCAUGGGAAUGGUAGCUGGGACAACCAUGGCAAUGAGCGCAGGGACCCUGCUGACAACGCCCCAGCACCCCCAGAUGGGAGGACACCCAGUUACUGUGCCAACCUACAGGCCCCAAGGGACACCUGGGUACAGCUACGUACCACCUCACUGGUAGAGCCCACCAAUCAUGUCUGGAGUCCACCAUCGUAUGCAACUGCUCAAAUCUUACACGGGCUCCCGCUGGUAACCACGGGAACUCCGCACCUGUCUGCAAGAACAAAACUAAAGUGCAACAGCCACUUUACUUUUAUUUUUAUUGUUAUUAUGCGACAUUCUCUUAACAUUCUUACAAAAGCUGCUUUUAUUUUUUAAAUUUUAUUUCUCUAUUCAUUUGCCAACAGUCAUUACUUUGUAUGUUUUUUUUGUUGUUUUUUUUUCUCUUAUUUUUUUGCUGUGUCUGUCAUUGGAUCUCCAGAAGGACUCUGACCAAUCACGGGUGUCGGUUGCUCCUGUUUCUGUGUUGUGCUGGUGUGUGUGGUCCCGCCUGCUGCUGCUCAGUUGGCUGGAUAAUAUUGGGCACUUACUCCUUGUUAUCAUCUCCCAUCAUUCACUACAAAGACUUACUGACUUAUGCUGCCAAAUUUUCUAACGACUAGAUAUCAGCACAGGGUUUUAACAUAAUUAGGAUUUUUGGGGGGGGGAUUAUUUAAUUUGUCUUUUUUUACCACACUCAACUGGAUUGCUUAACCUUUCCUGUAGACUUCUUUCUACCUUGGUCAUUCCUUCCUCUUCAUCCUUUAUUUUUUCUGAUUUGUUUCAUUUUUUAUUUAAAUCUCGGUGGUCUUCCAGCAUGUAGCUGUCUGUCCAGCUCUAGUCUGUCAGUCACCGUCGUCCUUUCGUCUCCAUGUGAGUUGCUGUGUUGUUAGGAGCAGAGCACUUGCUGCCCAUCGCCCACCCAGCUGCGUGUCCCAGCCUUUCACAUUAGCUUAGCACCUAGCACGUACAGAAGAAAACACCACCUUCUUCAUGCUGCACACUGUGCAGGCUGGUAUGCUGUGAAACAAACGGAAUCUUUACCUAGAGCUAGAGAACAUUUCGAGGUUGUUUCGGGUCCUCAAGCUUUUUUUAUUGUGGUUUGCGUAGGUGAACGGAUUAAGAAAAUGCAAAAUAUUAAUUCUAACCGUGUCCACAGCAUGGGUGGUCGUACACAGGCGGACAAUGGCUCCUGCAGUGUGUUGGAAAACACAUGAUCACUUAGUGGCACUUACUGACCAGCACCUCCCAGUCCAACACAAGCAUACACACGGGUUUCUAGGGGUGUGCAUUGCAGACACAGCCAGCAGAGAAGGAGUUUAAAGGGAUUGUGUUGGCACCAGGAGAGCAGGACAAAACUGAGGAGCAGAAAACCAUGGAAGGAGGAGGAGGUGAUGACGUUCACAGUCGGUUGUUUCAUUUCAAGUUACAAGACAUUUGAGUUGGUAACAUCUUACUUGCAAGAAACUGCUGUCACAUUCUGCAAUUUUUGCACUAUAUGUAAUGUAUUGUACAUUGAUUUCUCGUUGUGAUCAUAUCGUCUCCUCCACCUCCUCGAUUCCAGACCAGGACUAAUAACCAAACAGAAAAGACAGAUUGCUCAAUUUAAAAUGCACCAUUCGAAUGUGCUUAUGUGUGGUUUCACUCCAUUAAUCUGUUUUGUCAGUGCUCUGAAAAGGCCGAACAAAUGAGGUUUUAUGGGUCGGGUGCUACAUGAGGAAGUCAGGAGGCUGUAUACACCUGGUCUGUGUCGUAUUCGCAGCUUGGAAUUCAGAUAUUGGGUCCAAAUUUAAACUCUGUUGAUGAUCAAGAGCAAAAAAUGGACUGCAAUCAAAAAGCAGUGUUGUUUAUGUUUUAAUUGCCGGAGCUUGAAAUUGUGACGCUUCAUUUUAACCCAGUUGGCUUCUUUUGACAGGAGGUAAAGAGCUACGCGACCUUCAAGGGGCCAGCAAGUGACUGAGACUUUUAGCAGUAUUAUGAGAAAAUAAAAUUAUUUUGUAUACUGUGUUAAUUCUGCCGGAGUCAGAGUUUUACACAUAUUUGGUUUUACUGACUGCAUUUCAACAGUGCUUUUCAUUUUUUACAACAACCUUUAUUUUUAUUAAGUCAUUUCAUGGGCACAAUAUAACAGCCGGUGAGAGCUGGAUCAUAUACAGCUGGUUUUGUUCACGCUAUGGUGUCUACAUCCACAGUAUGAUGAUCAAUCACUGAGUCUUGUUUAUUGGUCCUUGGCUGGAGGACAUGUAUGGUGCGGGGUUGUGGUGGUGCUGGGGUUUGAUAAUUAGGGGAGGCCUGUGGCAUAAAAAAAUAAAAAUAAAACCAAAAAAAGUAUAAAAAUAAAAAAAGAUCAAAUCACAACUUCUGUAGAGGACAGGUUGGUUUAGCAAAAGCAUUUACUGUGCUGGUAUGUAGAUGAAGUGGUUUGAUAUUGCAAUAAAACAAGAGGGAAUGCCUCCAGCUGUUUAACACAGUAAUUAUUUUAUCAGCGUUUUGAAUUGAUUUUUGAAUAAAAUGCUUAUUGUUGUAAUCUCUAAAUAUGGAUCACAGGCUCUGUAAGCAGCCUCCAUUCAAUAAUUAUUACACUUAACUGCUAAGAAGAGUAGAACAUAUCAGAAAUGUGGGAUAAUAAAUAACUUUGUGAGGAAAUAUUGCACAACACAAGAGAACUUGAGGACUACAAUUUAAUGCUAAGUUACAGGUACCUAGGCUGUGUAGUGCAAAUGGGAGGAAGAAGCAAUUUAUAUUGUAAUUUUAAAAUAUAAACCAAUAAGAUCGAGUGUUUUGAGGUAUUCUUAGUCCAGCUGUUUGUACACUAGUAGGUUAAUUCUCAAGAAAAUACUCAGUAAUGUUGCUGUCGGAUGAAAACCAUUUAUCUUUGAGCCUUAUCUUAAAUGAUGACCCCUGUAUUUUAGAAGACAUGAAGUAGUUGUUAUUGACAGGAGGUUCAACAAAUGUUCCUACCACGUAUGGAUCGGAGAAAAUACAGAAGCUGGAUUUUCUUACGACAGCAGUAAUAUUACUUGUCAUUAGGAUUUAUUUAACUAACCACUACUUCUGUCAGUAUUUCUCCAUUUGUUUUUGUAUGGGUUUUUUUUAACGUUAUUUUUGCUUUUUGUCCCUCAUUUCCCUCUGGUCAAUUAAGCAUAUUGGGUAUGCAUAAUAUUCAGGUGUAUUUAACUAUAGCAUUGGAUCUCUAAGUUUAAAAAAAAAAAAUGCAGUAUAUUUAUACAGCAAGUGGUACAGUAAUGUAUUUCUAGCUAAGCAUGGUUGCAUCAGUGUGGCAGCUACUGUUUGUGCUUUUACAUUUGUUUUUACCUCUUCUGCAUCUCUGCUCUCUACAUAUCUGUCAUUGUGGUAGGGGGAGUAUUUAGGAUGAAGUAUAAGGCCGUAUGGAGAAAAUCGCCCAUUAUAUUAGAAUAAUAAUGCAGAAACGUCAGAAUAGUACGACAGUAAAGACCUUAAAGAAAUAAGCAGCAAGGAGAACCAGUGAUUGCUGGAGUUGCUCUCCUGGAUGCAAAAUCUUGAACGAAUCUCAAUGCUUCUUGAGAAAGUACAAAACAGGCUGAUCUUCUGAUAGUCCCCCUCUAACAUGACGCAUAACCUCAAAUGAUGACUUUAUUUUUGUAAUAUUACAGCUUUAUUCUCGUAAUAAUACAACUAUAAAUUCUCGAAAUCUCAGCUAUUUAACACAAGGUCUGUAAAUAAAGUUGGGCCUUGGUGAGAUUCCCACAUUUUUACGAUUGUUGCCUGGAUUUUCAGACUUUAAGGAAGUAAGGAUGAACGACAGAACAGAAAUGGAUCGUAUUGUUUUUGGCUAGGUGAAAAGGGUAACCAUUCCUCGCUGUCCGUUUCUGUUUUGCCACUACAAAGAUGAAUCGAACAUUGUCUCAGAAACCCUCAGCCUCCAUGCCCUUUGUUCUGUGCCAUAUUUCAACAACUAUUGUUCAGUUAAUAUUAGUUUCUUCUCCUCAGUAAACUGGUUAAAUCUGAGUCGUUAUUAUGUCCCGCUUCCUGUGAAUGUGUUUUCCUGUCGCUCUUCCUGUUUCUCACAUUGUCCUUGACGCAUAUUGCCAGUCUCCCUUUUCUGUUUCUUACUCUUGUUUUCACUUUGUGCCACAAACUCCUGUUCAGAGGCCAUUUUGCAUCCCGUCAAACACUCAUUUCAUUUUUUGCCACAUUCAGGGAUGCACAAUGUCAUCAGAUCAACUGUUCUGCUCCCUCCCUUCUUUUCCUUCGGCCUCCUGCUCAUGUUUCUGGCCUCUCUGUGCGUCUCAGUCUGACCUUUGUAACCCUCACCGCCCCCCAUCUAAAUAACAGUUAAACCGAAUUAUACAGUCGUUAAAUUGCUGAUCUUACUGGUGAUAAUCUACUGUACUUAAGGCAUGCGUGGUAUUCCACUGAGCCUUUUUGAACACUAGGUGUCACUUGUGACUGUCUAGAAGUUGCAUCACCAUAGUUUGAGGCUUUGAGCCAGAAUGAUAAAGGAAAUGAUUUUUUCCGUCAUUUACAUUAUUCACAAUUUGGUGUCAAAUUGAGAUUCUUGAUUUUGAGGUUGGACUUUAGUGCCAUCCUUACAGGAGAUGUUGAUUUUGUUUGAGUUAAUAUUGAUAAGAGAGGGGUUUUCUUUCCUAGCCUGUGGACCAACGCUCUUUAAAACUGUAACACUGUUUUAAUAUGGCGGCUCAGCAGAGAGGCAGACCCCGCAGAGCAUUCUGGGAGAGUAGAAUUUGUAAGUGUCCCCCUAAUCAGCAGGCUCUGUUUUUCCUGGGUGGUGAAACUGCUUCCUUAUUUCACUCCAUUCCUCGACUCUUAAGUUUUAAUUUGCACUUAAGUGAAAACAAUUGAAAACACUCUGGUGUGUUUUAGGGGGGGAAUUGCAAAGUUGUCUUAAUCGCAGGUCCUUUUUUUUUUAUCGUUUACUUAUUCUCUCUUUUCCAAACAUUAAUUAAUUUUUUAAGCGGAAUACUCGUUUUCUUUUUUUCAGUCUGUGUAUAUGUUGCGCUUCUUCACCUUGAUGGUGGAAAUGCAUCCAGAAACAUUUACAACUGUACUUUUCUUCCACCUUCCCUCCCCUCCGUCUCUCUUCUCUUUUCUUUUGCCUUGCAGUUGCUAAGUCUUGGUUCUUCUCUCUUUUCCCAUCAGUAUAAAUUAAAACACUACUAUCUCAAUGAAUAGUAGGCUCUUAAAUGUCGUUGAUGUUCUACUGCAGCUUUUUUUUUCAUUUUGAUUUGUCAGUUUCAAGCUUAAUUUGACACUAAAUGUGAUGCAAAAAGUGGAAAUUCCUUGUCUUCCAAAAAAAAACAAAAAAACCGAAACAUACUUGUAUCCGCCCUGGAUCAAGUAUUAGGAACAACCCCAUCUUUGGAAGUUUUAGUUUGGUACCCAGUUUGCACAUGCUAUGGUAUAUCUGUUACCGUAAGGUUGUGUUCGAAACUGAAGCCCAACGUCUGUUCAGCGUUGAGAGAAGUGAAUUGUAUGUUAGCUAUUUGGUCCAGAGUGAAGGACCUGCGUCAGGCUUGUGAUAUGAAGUGUAAAUCUGUUUUUAAUUUUUUUUUCUUUUUUUUCAAUGUUUUUUUGUUGUUGAGGGGUUUUUUUUUAAGAUCAGUUAGUGAUCUUAGUACUAUAACUAAGCCAAGUUUGUAAUUGUAUAUUUACUGUAAAAUGUAGAACAUUGAAUAACUAUUAAAAUUUUCCUAUAAAAGGAA